AUGGUCUUGGAUAUUUCCACAUCCGAUGAACCCGAGGCUGACGACGAUUGGUUUCCCAAGUGUAGUCACGAUUGCAAUCAUAUUUCGGGGUGGGAUGAAACCGAGUUUCAUGGCUCGAUUGGAGAAGAGGACAGGAAAACCCCCAUUAUCAUAUGUACCAAGUGGGGAAGGAGAUCGGCAAAGGCAAAGCAAGUAUUGACGAAACUUGGCUUUAAUGGUGGCAUCCUCUGUGCCGGGGGGAUUGCUACUCUCAAACCCUUGUUGGAAGCAGAGAAAAAGGGUGGCCUAGAUCGAAAACCUGCUGCCAAAGAUGAUGAAGAAGGUGAGAAGGAAGAAACCCAGGAGGAUGCGACAGACAACGAAGAGGAUGCAAGUGAAGGCGGUGGGGCAAAAUUAGAGGGCAUGGUCUUUGCCAUUACUGGAACUUUGUCGAUGAAACGAGCGGAAUUUGAGACCCUCCUCAAGGAGCAUGGUGGUGUAUUGAAGGGGAGUGUCACCAAAGACGUAACUCACUUGAUUUCCGCCAGAGAUGAUACAGCCAAGGCAAAAAAGGCAAAGGCCAAUGGCGUGGAAAUCCUCAAGGAGGAAGCAGUUCUUUCAAUGAUUGGCAAGUAG